AUGCAGCAAGAUUCUGAGAACCCCAAUAUUGCAAAUCCCUUCAUAUUAACCACAACUCCUCAAGCCGAAUCGAUUCCUAAGCCAGUGCUCUCUAAAUAUGCUGACCCAGAUGUGCUAAUUGGCAAGAAGCCAUGGCCUGCCAUUAAUUCUAGUAUAGUCGAAAAUGAACCAACAAUAUGCAUUCUUUGUGGAGUUGAUUUCAUUACUCGUUCAAGACUACAAUCACACCUUUGUGACCAUAGGCAUAUAGUUGGCAAGUUUGACAAGGACAGAUAUUUUACAGUUUAUGAAUGCAAAUUCUGUUCAGCUGAACUCAACUGUGAUAAUGUUACUAAACAUGGAUGCUUUAUAAAGCAUACGAAGGAUAUAUCAAAAGUAGAAGAAACAAUGAAUACUGUAGGAUGUCCCGUAAUUUGUAUCUUUUGCAGGGGUAGAAUCCUUCCUUCCAGAGCUCAUCUUCAGACACAUAUUGUAUUCUCACAUUCACCUUAUCGAAACCCUCUUAGAUGUCCAUUCUGUCAUCUAGCAUUUCAUUCGGAUGAUCUUCUUAUGCAAGAGUUGCAUGCUAUGGAAUACCAUACACCGGAAAUUGCAAUUAUUAAUAUGCUUGCCUCCGACAAGCAAAUUAAUUCAUCAACUGGAACUGUGGUAGAUGGGAAAACUCCUUUCAUCUGUCUUUACGAUUCUGAGAAACUGGAAACAUUUUGUUGGAUAGAUGGCAUCAAGCCUUCUUCAAACAAUGAUAAAGACGAGAAUCCUCAGAGUGCUUCAAAUGGUCCUUGUUGUCAAACAUUCAAGACAUUGGCAGAGCUUACUUCACACAUCUACUGCUGUCAUACUAUCAUUCCCCAUUUACGCUUUAUGGGACAAGAACUCAAUGCCAGUGAGCAGAGACAACUAGAUGCUAUUAAUAAAGGUCUUCCUGGACCCUCUAUUCGAGAUCUAAUAAAAAAUCCAAUAACUGGAGCUUCAAGGAUGGGAAAUUCUGUUGAACUAGAGCGCCAGCGUCUUACACUCACAAAGCAUUCUUGUCAUAUUUGCCUGAAAAGUUUUAAAUACGAGGAAAAUCUACACAUACAUAUCAAUGCAAUUCACACAGUCGAGACAAAGAAACGAGUCAAACAUCUUACUGAUCUUGGGGAGAUGGGCAAGGAUUUGAACAUUGAUAGGCUCUGCACAGAGUGCUUUACAAUGUUUCCCUCAGUUUACCAACUCCAGGUACAUUUAAUGGUGGCUCAUGGGGGCAACUCAUUCUGGAACUGCGGUAUUUGCGACCAACGAUUUUGUGAACCGGAUCAAUUUCUUCCUGCUGUUUUAACAAUGAAAUCUAUAUUAUCAUUCAUAGAAGAUGGUGUGAUUAAUCUAAGUGUUCUAGAAGAUUCGAUUGACUAUGCACUCUCCGAGUGUCCAUCUAUUGAAAGAAAUCCUUCCUUCCAUGAGGAUCUGAAUGCCCUUUAC